GGAAAUGCUGGGAUAAAUGUGAAGGACAGAGCGCUCCACUAAAUCGGACAAAAUGGUUGAUCAUCUCCUGGGAACCUGGAAAUCAACCUCAUGUGAAAACUUUGAUGCAUACAUGAAAGAAUUAGGAGUCGGCUUAGCCACCAGGAAACUGGGCACGCUGGCCAAACCCAGCAUGACCAUCAGUGCUGACGGCGAUGUGGUAACCAUCCAAACCAAAAGUGCCUUUAAAAAUAAUGAGAUCUCUUUUAAGCUUGGUGAGGAGUUUGAUGAAACCACACCAGAUGACCGGAAAACCAAGAGCAUUGUGACCUUAGAAAAUGGGUCAUUAAAUCAGGUCCAGAAUUGGGAUGGCAAAGAGACCACAAUAAAGAGACAAGUGGUAGAUGGGAAAAUGGUGGUGGAAUGCACCAUGAAUGACAUCACCUGCACUAGGAUCUAUGAGAAAGCCUGAAGAAACUCUGUUAGUACCCUGCUUGACUAAAAAUUGGAG